AGGAGUGAGUCCCGUUUUGUUAUCGCGGGAUUUUCGCUGAGGCCCACCGCUAUUUAUAACAGUAAACACGCAUCCAAGAUGAGUUAUUCAGAAAAGCACGAAGAUAUUACCAAAGAGGAGUGGAUGGACAAACUGAAUAAUGUGCAUAUUCAGAGGGCAGAUAUGAACAGACUCAUCAUGAACUAUCUGGUAACAGAGGGCUUUAAAGAGGCUGCAGAAAAGUUUCGGAUGGAGUCUGGAAUUGAACCAAACAUGGAUCUGGAUUCUCUGGAUGACCGGAUAAGAAUCAGAGAAAUGGUUCUGAAAGGUCAGAUCCAGGAAGCAAUUGCUCUCAUUAACAGCCUCCACCCAGAGCUUCUUGACACCAAUCGAUACCUCUACUUUCACCUUCAGCAGCAACACCUGAUUGAACUGAUCCGUUUGCGAGAGACUGAGGCAGCGCUGGAGUUUGCCCAGUCACAGCUGGCUGAACAGGGGGAAGAGAGCAGGGAAUGCCUUACUGAGAUGGAGCGGACUUUGGCACUGCUCGCUUUUGACAACCCAGAGGAAUCACCAUUUGGAGACCUGCUCAAUAUGAUGCAAAGACAAAAGGUAUGGAGUGAGGUUAACCAGGCUGUUCUAGACUAUGAAAACAGGGAAUCUACUCCAAAAUUAGCAAAGCUGUUAAAGCUCUUACUUUGGGCUCAGAAUGAACUGGACCAGAAAAAAGUGAAAUACUCCAGAAUGACAGACAUCAGCAAGGGCACUAUUGAGGACCCCAAGUAGAGACUGUAAUCCACAUGGACACAUUUGUACAUUUUUGUUCCUAUUUAUAAACAGUCAGUGACUGGAUGGCAAAUAUAUAUCUAUAUAUUAUGGCUAUUUGUUGAUUCCUCAGUAAAUAUAACAUGAAGUUAAUGAUGAAUUGAAAGUGAAGAUACGUGAUUUACUUUCUAAUUUAGCUAAUUCUUUAACCAACUGUGCAUUGUUUUAUUUCAAAUAGAACGCUAUGAAUUGAAAACACUAAAGCUAAAUUUAUUGUAAUCUAAUAUUAAAUAUGUUGUUAGAAUAUUUUUGAAGAACAGAUAUUCUUAAAUAAUCUGUGCUAACCUUACCUCUUUUAUUUUGAGUUCAUUUUUUUUCAUUUACAGUUAUGAUUUAUCAAUAUUAUGUUCUCAUGCCAAGACAGUUAGCUUUUGUUUGGUCUUUACUUGUUGUUUUACUGUUAGAGACUAUAGAAUAA